AUGCCCUCUAAGCGCAAACGCUCCGGUCCCGGAUUCAACCGCGAUGCCCCCGCCGAUUCAACCGCUGCAUUCAAGCGCUCCAAACCCGCUUACAACCAGGUCUACCGUCUGUCAUCGCGAAACAUCUCAGGCCCGGGAAUCUUUGUCACUUGCGUUCAAUCCAAAGAGCGCAAAGCAGCGCUUCAGUUCAUUGACCUGCUCAACGAUGUAGCUGACCGAAUCUAUCCUGGUGUCGCACCGCAACCCUUGCCAGAAGCGGAGGAGAAGAAGGAUGCCACCGCGCUUGUUGCAGACGAAGAGGAUAUGGACGCGCUCAGGAAUGGUGCUGUCGCUGAGAGCGCGGAGCAGCCGCCUGCAGCUGUACAAGAGCAAGUAGAGGUGCGAGAGGAGCCAACGAAGAAAGAAGCAGCAGAGGAGGACGACAUCGCCGCAAAAAUCGCAGCAGAGCUCAAAGACAUCAAGUCUUCCGAACGCCCGCGAGGCAGCCACUCGAAAAAGGGCAAACCCUCCGCUGGUCCCGCACCACGCUUCCGCAAUGUCGAAACAGACACAGAAUGCUUCCUCUUCAUCUCGGUCAGCCCACCGUUCGACCCGUACCUGCUCGUCUACACCAUCCUCUCGGACGUCGAACUCUCCGGCGAACCGCGCUCACGGUUUGUCCAGCGCCUCACUCCCGUCACCGCCACCUGCGCCGCCAACGCUGCCGACCUCACCACGCUCGCGCGCCAAAUCCUCCCCACAUACUUCUCCACCAACGCGGACGAGGGCAAGACGUUCAAGAUCGACCCUCGCAUCCGAUCGCACAGCAAGCUGAAACGCAACGACGUGAUCCAGACCAUUGCCGCUGCUAUCCCCACCGCCGAGGACGCAGGGCGCACCAGGAUCCACAACGCAAACCUCACCGCGCCGGACUACUGGAUCGUUGUCGAGGUCGUCAAGAACUCGGCGGCUAUCAGUGUGGUCAAGGAAUACGAGCGGUACAAGAAGAUGAACCUGCAGUCGGUUGCGCAGGCGGCAAACGAGAUUAAGGCCCAAGAGACCGCGCAGGGCGAUCAGGGCAGGAUUGCAGCUAGUCUGGUCGCCAAAUCCGAGGACAGCGAGAAGCAGGCAACGCAAAAGGCGGACGAGGAGAAAGCGCCACAACAAUCUGCGGAAAGUUCAGCAGAGACGGCAGCGCCAACAACAGCAGAAGCAGCACCUGAACAAAACGACGAACAGCAAAUGGCAAACUUCCGCCUCUUCUAA